AACAUAUCUAGAAGAUUGUUCUUUAAAGGAGAUAGUAAAAUCCCUCAAAUUUUCUCUGUCUACCGAAACCAAAUCAAUAGAUGUUGAUUCAUAUAUGAAAUUAGUAUUUAGAUCCAAAAAGCCACAUAGUGACUUUGUGAAGAAUUGAACACUCUGAAGUCGGAUUGGGUCGAUGUCAUGGAAACGAAUGGUUUAAAGCUCGUGCUUUUCUUUCCUUGAACUUCUAUUGAUGUUUUUAAUUUAAAAACAAUUUAGACUACGUGGCUCUUUCUAAAAGAUUCUAUUGAUCCAAUGGCACAAAGUAGGUGAAAGAGGCACCCUACCUUUCCCGCCUCUAAGUCAAAGGAUCUGUUUCCGAGCUCCGAUUCAGUCUGAGAUUUAGCAAGAAUGGCAAGACACGGGUUCAGCAGAACACUUGUUGUUCUCACUCUCACCGUUAUCGCCCUUUCUUAUUCACGCCAGCCGUUAGCGUUACAACACUCCCCGCGAUUAUUUGCUAAAUUCGCAUCUUCAACCACUUCCUCCUCAUCCUCUCCGCAAUUCGAUUAUCACUACGAAACCAGAUUCUUCCAGCAGCAACUCGACCACUUCAGCUUUUCGGAUCUCCCCACCUUCCCUCAGCGCUACCUUAUCAACACCGACCACUGGCUGGGUCCCCAACACUCCGGUCCCAUUUUCUUCUACUGCGGCAACGAAGGAGACAUUGUUUGGUUCGCUCAAAACACCGGUUUCUUAUGGGAACUCGCGCCUUCGUUUGGAGCCAUGAUCGUUUUCCCCGAACACCGAUACUAUGGUGAGUCUGUGCCUUAUGGAAGUAAAGAUGAAGCAUAUAAGAAUGCUACCACUUUAUCAUUUCUUACGGCUGAGCAAGCUCUCGCUGAUUUCUCUGUUCUUCUCACCGAUCUAAAGCGAAAUUAUUCUGCAAUUGAUUGCCCUGUUGUCUUGUUUGGAGGAUCCUACGGUGGAAUGUUAGCAGCAUGGAUGAGACUCAAGUAUCCUCAUAUUGCUGUUGGAGCACUGGCAUCUUCAGCUCCAAUUCUUCAGUUUGAAAACAUUGUGCCACCCAAAACUUUCUAUGACAUAGUUUCCAAUGAUUUUAAGCGUGAAAGUUCCACUUGCUUUAACUAUAUCAAACAGUCAUGGGAUGAAAUAGCAUCUAAGGGUCAAACAAGCAAUGGCCUUGAACUUCUAACCAAAACUUUCAAAUUUUGUCAGAUAUUAAAUAGGACAGACGAUCUAUUGGAUUGGUUGGAGUCUGCAUAUAGUUAUUUGGCAAUGGUUAAUUACCCUUACCCUUCUGAGUUUAUGAUGCCUUUGCCUGGAUAUCCUAUCAAGGAGGUUUGCAGAAGGAUAGAUGGAGGUCCUGAUGGGACUAGUAUUCUGGAGCGCAUAUAUGAAGGAGUGAAUGUCUACUACAAUUAUACCGGAGAAGCUAAAUGUUUUGAACUGGAUGAUGAUCCUCAUGGCCUGGAUGGUUGGAACUGGCAGGCAUGUACUGAAAUGGUUAUGCCAAUGUCUAGCAGCCAGGAGUCCAGCAUGUUUCCACCAUAUGAGUUUAAUUACUUGUCUUUCGAGGAAGAAUGCUUCAAGAAUUUUGGAGUGAAGCCAAGGCCAAAAUGGAUUACAACAGAAUUUGGAGGGCAUAAUAUCCAUGCCGCCUUGAAGAAAUUUGGAAGCAAUAUAAUUUUCUCAAAUGGCCUGUUGGAUCCAUGGAGUGGGGGCAGUGUUUUGCAGAAUAUUUCUGAAAGUAUUGUUUCUUUGGUUACCCAAGAAGGUGCACACCACUUAGAUUUACGUGCUUCAACUGAAAAUGAUCCUGAUUGGUUGAUAGAGCAAAGGGCCACUGAGAUCAAGUUAAUUGAAGGGUGGAUCAAUGAAUAUUACCAGAAAAAUGAAGCUGUUUUUGAUAUGUAACGUAAACUAUUUUAGCCUGAACAAUUAUUAUGAAGUUAAAAUCUCAGUUAUUUACAUCGCGCCAGAAUACUAUAUUUUAGUUAAAAAUUAGAAUGUGAAAUUAAAACUGUUAGAUUUUAAAA